UAAAGCGCUAAACUACUUCUGAAUACUGAUAUGUGCUUACCUUCCCGGUAUCUUCUAGAUGAGAAUGGCUUUUCCUGAAGGACUCACAAGUCCAGAAAUGGAGAUAGCUGAAGGCGGGGUAAUUUUGGACAACAGGACGCGGUUUGCUGACCUCAAGACCAUGUUAGACAGCAGUAAGGAUAAUCUUAAGGUGGAUGCUAUGAAGCGGAUAAUCAACCUGAUUGCGAAAGGAAAGGAUGUGAGCGAAUUGUUUCCUGCAGUAGUGAAGAAUGUUGCUGCAAAGAAUGUGGAGCUCAAAAAAUUGGUAUACGUCUACUUAGUGCGAUAUGCUGAGGAACAACAGGAUCUUGCGUUACUGUCAAUAAGUACGUUUCAAAGGGCACUAAAGGAUCCGAAUCAGUUGAUAAGGGCUAGUGCUUUGCGAGUCCUGUCCUCGAUCCGAGUUGGAAUGAUUGCUCCCAUAAUGCUUCUGGCUAUAAAGGAUUCGGUUAGAGACAUGAGCCCUUAUGUCAGAAAGGUGGCUGCGCAUGCCAUUCCCAAACUUUACUCAUUAGAACCGGAUCUUGAAGCAGAAUUAGUGGACUGUAUAGAUUUUUUGCUCGCCGAUCGACGUAGUCUGGUCCUUGGUAGCGCUGUAUAUGCUUUUCAAGAGAUCUGUCCGAACCGCCUCGAUCUACUUCAUAAACAUUUUCGAGCCUUGUGUCGCGCUUUGGCUGAUGUUGACGAGUGGGGCCAGGUGGUAAUGAUAAAUUUGUUGACGCGUUAUGCUCGCUCGGAACUCGCAGAUCCUGAGCUUCUUCCUCAGCCGGAUGUCGAUCUUACCCUCUUACUCAAUUCGGCUCGACCCCUUCUCCAGUCUCGGAACUGCAGUGUGGUGAUGGCUGUCACGCAAUUGUUCUACUAUAUUGCCCCUAAAGCGCAACUUUCGCAGGUCGCCCGUGCUCUAGUCCGACUUCUUCGAGGACCGCGGGAGGUGCAGUAUAUUGUGCUUCUGAACAUCGCCACGAUUUGUGAACGCAAUCCGAAUAUGUUUGACCCGUUCUUGAAGUCAUUCUUCGUGCGAUCAUCCGAUCCGUCCUUCGUCAAGGAGCUGAAGCUACACAUACUGACCAGUUUGGUAUCUGAGGCAAAUGUGCACAUCAUUCUUAGAGAACUACAAACAUACGUUGGCACAAGUGACCUGGCUGGAGCAGCCAUCGAAGCAAUCGGACGAUGUGCGGUUCGAGUCAAAGCUGUGAGUGAACAAUGCUUAGCCGGACUUGUUCAGCUUAUCACUUCGCCAAAUGAAAAUGUGGUUUGUUCGGCCGUUGUGGUCCUGAAGAGACUUCUCCACGCCGAGGCUACUACUCCGUUACUCUCACGACUGGCGCGACUGAUUCGCUCAAUUCAGGCACCCGCAGCAAGAGCUUGCAUAGUUUGGCUUAUAGCUACCCAUGUAGAGAAGGUUCCGAAUAUUGCACCUGACCUACUGCGAAUUCUAGCCAAAAAUUUUGUAAAUGAAGAUGAAAUCGUUAAGGUAGAAACUCUGAAAUUAGCCGUAAAAUUAUGGAUGAUUCGCCGUGAAGAGAGCGAGAAACUUGUUCAUUACGUGUUUCAAUUAGCUAGAUUCGAUCUGAGCUAUGAUGUCAGAGAUAGGUGUCGAUUCUUGAGAAACCUCUUGUUCAACACUACAGUAUUAUCCAAACAUGCGGAACAGAUUUUUAUGGCGAAAAAACCAGCACCCGCUCUUCAAAGUAGCUUCAAAGAAAGGGAACAGUUUCAACUUGGAACACUUUCGCAUGUGUUGAAUCAACGUUGUGCACGUUACUGUGAUCUACCUUCAUUCCCACAGGUCUCUUCUGACCCUGCAUUACGUCGAGAAGCAAAUUCUCCGGAGGAAUAUAAGUACGAAGAUGACGAAGAGGUAGAAGAAGAAGACGAAGAGUAUGACGAAGAUGAAGAAGAUGAGGAAGGUGAGGAAGAAGAAGAAGAUGAAGAGGAAGAAGAAGGGAAUGCCGUUGCUGAGGAUGAAGGAACUGCUGAGGAUGAAAGCUCAGAAGAAGACGAGAGUGAUGAGGAGGAGAGCGAGGAAGAGUCUGAUGAAGCUAGCACACACAAUAAACAUACUGUACCCAAAAAUUCUGCCAAAGGAUCAGCAACUACAAAUGGUCACACUACCCAACAGCAGAAGAAGCCUGAAACGAAGACUGAGAAAAAGGCCGAACACGCCAUAGAUCUGUUACUAGAUCUGGACUUCUCUGCUGCUGGAUGCCGUCAAAUCGUAGAUGCAGAGUACUGUUCGAACAAUCCGCGACCUAUUCUAAAUCGAAUUGAAGGGGAUGGUAUUGAAUUGUCGAUCUUGUUCCCUCGCACUAAUGAUCUUCAGUACACACCUAUUCGUUUUACGUUGCUGAACACAACAGAAGAUGUUAUCGAGGGGGUCAAAAUUAGCCCACCAGAAGAUUCGGAUGCCAAGGGAGCUAUGGAGAUCUCUUCACUCAGAGCUGGUGAAUCAACAUCGGUAGUCAUCAGCAUAGAUCUGAAUGAUAGGUUGCGACAGGUUGAAUGGAGGCUUUCCAGCACCUUGAACGAUUCCGGAAGAUCGAUGCCCAUUGAGGUUCCUGUGGGUGAGCAAGUGCAGCCAAUAAGGUUAGCAGACGAGGAAGUUGAGAAAGAACGGCGUCGCAUGGGUGGUCUAAAUAGACAUACAGUUCCUCUCGCUGGAAAGGUUGAUAGUGAAGCUGUCUUAGCUAUGAUUAACGCACAUGAAAUGCCGAAUGGGUACUUCACUUGUCAGACUAGAUCAAGAAAGGAUCUUGUGAUUAUUCGUACCACUGAUAAGGAGGUGGAAGUCAGCAGCGACAAUGCUGUUUUCGGCAAAAUGCUAGCAACAGCCGUGCAGAGUGUUUCAUCAUCAAAGUAAUUACUGACUUC